AUGGAUGGCAGUCGCUGUGGAAGGAUUGAAGGAGAUUACGGUCACACGGGCAGAAAAAAACGUGAACACGGAAGUCAGGGCCCAGUAAAGAUGACAACACCUUCGGAAAGUGCAGAAAUUCCAACUCAGGUGGAGGAAUGCACUGCCCUUCAGACAAUUGAACCCAUUUGCGAUAGAGCUGAAGGAGUUGUGUCUUCUUGGAUAAUCGCUCAAUCUCCCCCCACAGAGAAAGUUAAUACCACUACUACAAUAUCCACAAUAACGGAUCCCAACGGCCGAGUCAAGAAACUAAAGACCACCACAACCACGACACUUCGAACAACUACCACAGUUCGAAGGGUCUGUGUGGUGGCACCAGGUUCGACCGCAGUUGUUGGACCUACAGAGGGAGAAGGAGCUAUCCAGGAAGGUACUUCAGCGUUCCAGGGAACUCCUGCUCUUCCACCUGUUCCUGGAGAAGGUGCGGUUCAAACUACGCCAACAGGAUCGGAAUGUGUUCGACUUACACAUGUUUCGGGAGACGAUAGCGACUCGAAAAAACCUAUGAAUAUCACUCAAGUUACCUUCAUGAAGCCGCAAACGCAGACUUCCGAAGUUGUUGAGGUUCAUACCAAUGAUAAAACACCUGAAAAUGAAUCGAGCGCUGGAACAUCUCAGGGCAAAACCACAACAAAAACGGUUAGAAAACGUGUUACAACAUCCGUUUCGGCAGUAUUUGCCUCUCGACACACCAAAGUGGACAGAAAAAGCGUUGCAGGUGAUGCAGAAGCAAGAUCGAAACAAAUUAGUGGAGAAGAUGGCGGAGCACUUUUCGACGGAAAUACAGAUUUUCCGAAUGAAGAUUCAGCAGCAAUGACUGCCUUGCGGGAAUGUGAAAGACAGUUCGCAACGCGUUUAGACUUAGCCAAAAAUUCAGCCUCUGACGGUUCAGCUACCAUAUUUGACCACUUUACGUCUCAAAAUGGUAAAACGACGACGACAACAACUACCAAGACAACCACCUUGAAAGGCAGCGCCUUUCCUUCCAUAUUCGAUGGAUUGCCUCUCUACCAGGGCUAUGGCAUGAUUAGUCAACGAGCAAAGGAUAUCGACCCUUCAGAUACGCCAAUUUCCAUAUUUUUUAAUGGAUCCUUGGAUCAAAUCGAUGUUGCUUCGCUUACCAAAAUGUUUGAAGAUACAACUAGAAACAGCCUUCUCUCAAACGAUCUAAACAGCCUAUUUGGAGAUUUGGCCAUCCCUGCAAAGCCCAUUGAAGGAUCUGGGGUGGUGAUCGAGGAAGCAACUGACGACGAUAAGGGGGAAGGUGAUGCCGAGGAACCGACAGAUUCCGAGAGUGCAAGUCGAAAAACGUCUGUUUACUCUACAUCAAGCGAGGCCUCUGCACCAGUCACACCUAUUGCAAAAGAUGCGGAAACAGUUGGCUACAAGAAUCAAAUUUUAAAUCAAUUGGCAACAAAAACUGGUCCCUGCCGAAUCGCUUGGUCGGAAAUGCCUGAGGUUCUUACUGGAAAUAUUGUUUCAACGAUGUCGAGACAUGAAAUCCAAUUGCAGGAGGCGAUGUUUGAAGUGAUUACUUCAGAAGCCUCCUACUACAGAAGCUUGCAAGUCCUCAUUGAGCACUUUUACAGUGCACCGGAAUUUGACUGCUCCAAAUCAGCCCCUACAAAUGCGGAUAGCUUUGCCGAUAAUGACUCUGAGAGCAACGUUCCUCCCUCGAAUGAAUCCAGACAGUCUUCAUCCGGAAUCAGUACAAGAGCGGGUUCCAUAUCGUCUGCAGCUGACCUCGGAGCACCUGUUGUGAAAGCAGUUCUAAGUCCAACUGAAAAACAUCACCUAUUUUCCAAUGUUUUGCUCAUCUGUAUGGCUAGUGAAAGAUUUUUGAAAGAUCUCGAAGAGAGGUGGUCAUCCCAAAAGCCUCUUCUAAAUGAAGUUUGUGAUUUAAUUGUUAAACAUGCUGGAAGCGUUCAGUUUGAUCCCUAUCUCACAUACCUUCGUAAUCAAACGUAUCAAGUCGCUGCCUACCGUAGACUCAAUUUACGAGAGGAUUUUCAGAAGGCAAUAGCUCGAAUGCAUGCGCACCCAGAGGUUGGAAAAAAUCGUUUGGACUCCUUCUUAGCUCUUCCAAUGCAACGAUUAACGCGAUUGAAGCUUCUAGUUGAAGUGAUUCAAAAACUCCAGUCCGAAGUUGCCAUGGAAGCAGAGAAAAGAGCAGUUGCUGGGUCAACAGAAACCAUGACUCCUGGAGUUUGUGACAGUCCUCGAAGAAUGAAAAUUACAAAGGAACACCUUGAAAAUACUAGCAUCGCUUUGAGAGAAUUGAAACGGCUUCUAUCAGAAAGUGAAUCGGAGAAGAAGCUAAUGGAUGAAAAAGCGCGUCUCCUGGAGCUCUCCUCUGCUCUGGAAUUUCCAGAAAAUGUCAAGAGAAUAGCAAUAAGUGAUAAAAGAUUGGUCAAAGAAGGCGAAUUGCGGUCGGCAAAUUCGGAUGGAAAAGCGGCAGUUUUGCUAAAGAAAUUGGGACGAAAGAAACCGGAAACCUUCUACCUCAUACUCUUCCAUGAUCUACUUAUGGUCACAAAACUUAAAAAAAAUGACCGCUACUUGGUACAGGACUACUGUCCUCAUGACAAAGUCUACGUAACCAUUGGAAAUCCAACAGAGGCCGCAUUAAAUCUUCUAGGGGCUUAUAUUCCACGUUCGCAAACUAUGUCCACUCCUGAUGGAGGGACCCCGGGUUCAAAACGCCAGAAGCGUCCAAGUACAAGUUUGCUUGGACUUCGUGGAGGCCCUCGCCACCACACUACGACGCCUGAAGUACCAGAAGCCUUGUUCAAGUCUUCCGGAACAGACACGCAACCAGCCCAUAGAUCUCCUCCAACCAGCACCUCUCUCAGCUCAAUGGCAUCUAAUUCGAGCAGCUUGGAAACGUGUGGACCGGUUAGCUCACACGUGUCUCCAUCGCGUUUAGCGUCAGUUCGGUUGAAACGGUCUGGAAGUAGUUUAAGCUCAAAAUCCGUACCUAGUGGAUCGUCCUACCCUUUCCCCUCGUCAACAAUCAACAGGGAUCCUCCGCUUUUUCUCUAUUUAUUCUUAACAGAAAGCCAAUCUGGAUCUUGCACGGAAUUCUGCCUUACAACCAAUGACAGCGCCGAAUACGAGUCUUGGUAUCGUGCUCUGCAAUCGAAAUCCCUCAAACUUAAUGCGGUUAACACCGAACAGAAGACACCGAAUCAGGAGGUGCAUUCUUAA